AUGGGGAAUAAGGUGGCUUCGGCGACCCCGCUCCAGCGGGGUAUCGAUCGCAAGAACAUCUCCUGGCCCGUCGGCCGACCCCCGGAAGCGACGAGUCGCAACGCUGUGGCGAAAAAGGACGGUAGUAAUAGUGGUGUCGGUGGUGGCGUCGGCAGCAACCUCUGGAUCAUUGAACGCUCUCCGACGGCCGACGGUGACGAGGCAGCAGCAAAAAUCGUGAAAGUUCGCCGGCUUUUGCCCGACGAAGAACCGCCUGUGCCGACGCGGUCCAAGUGGUCCUACUCGUCCGCUCGCAGUACCAAAACAGAGCCUCCGCUUCUGGCCACCGAGUGUCCCGCAUCCCCGGUGGUACCUUCGGCUGCGUCUGGUCCUGGUCUCACGGGAGACCACCACGAGAGUUUCUGGCGUCGCAGCAAGCGGUCUUUGCGUGUCGCGAAACGCGGUUCGUACAACGUCGCGCCUCUGACUCCCGAGACGCGGAACUCGGGAGUGCUUGUGAGUGACAAGCACAGCAGCUCGGACUCGGGCGAAGGUUUCGACUUCUUCGACGACACCACUUCGUCAACUGAACAAGACUUUAAUGACGAAGUCUAUGGAAACGACGACGCCGACGAAGAAGAAGAAGAAGACAUAGAAAUGAAGCCGUAUUACCAUCGGAUCUACGCCAAUCACCCGCCGCAGUUUGCGUACCCGCGAGGCGUGAAACGAGUGCCGAAACGCUUCGAACUCCAACAAUGCGUGGAAACUGAGCCAGAGAAGCGACCGGAAAGUGCGCCAACUUUGGUGGAAACUGAGAUCGGGGAUUUUGACGUGGUGAGUGCGCAACAUCACUUAACGUUUCGUCGCCGAACCCCGACGCCGAGGCACCAAGCGAAUCCAGCAGGGGCAGGACCACGUUCCGUGGAGGUGUAUACCAUUGUGGUAACACUGGUGAAACGAGAGCGGAUGAUGAGACCCAAGCGAGUCGGGCAGAAUCGGUGGAGUAAUUCCAACAGUCCGAGAAGCACGCCGAGGAGCAGUCCUAGGAACAGCAGGGACUUUGAUGAGCCCGACUCCGGAUUCAGGGACGCCCCUGAGUUCCACCAAGGCGCCUCGAAAUCAGUCGGGAAAGAUUACUCUUCGGGCAUUUACGAGAAGCCGGAAGGGCCAGCGUUUUUCUUGAAUCUGGAAAUGCAGCCGUUCUCAGAAGUAAUCUCGCUAACGGUUGCUUUCGGCUGCAAUGAUUGA